CAAUAGAGGGCGCAGUUUUCUCUGCAUAUUAAAGUAUGCCGUAUACAUAGUAAACUCCACGCGCGCGCGCGCACACACACUCACACACACACACACACACUCUCUCACUCAGUCUAAGCGGUGCGUCCUCCAGCAUGGACCGCACGACACUGGAGCCGGACUCCGCGGUUGCUGCGCUCCCGAUGCUCGGUGAGUUUACGGGAGAAGCCCGGGUCCGCUACACGCUGGUUCUGACGGAGAGGGAGCUCACUUUGCAGAAGCUCGGCACCGGCAGGAGGAAAUCAGGAGCGGUAACUGUGCUGGACCUACAGGACUGUAUAGGCUGCCGCACGUACGGAGCGGAGGAAGGCGCGGAGGAAGGCGCGGACUCGAGCGCGGGCUUGGCGGUCUAUUUCUACCCGGUGAGGAGGCGCUGGACUGGGCUGAGUUCAACACCGUGUCGCCGCAGAGUGGAGCUCCGCUUCCGGGUGGCAGUGAGCCCGGACCCACGGACAAACCUGGGGGAGGCGCAGAGAUGGGCCAGAGCUAUCCGGCAGGGGUCCUUCCGCCGGCCAGGUGCGCACAUCAAACCCUCUGAGGGGGUUAUCUCUCCUCACAUACAGAGGCCUUGUAGGUUCCUGGUCCUGAUAAAUCCUCAAAGCGGUAAAGGUCAGGCCCAGGCUAUGUUCAACAACCACGUUCAGCACAUGCUACAGGAAGCCGACAUCACGUACACACUUCAAAUUACAGAGCGUCAGAACCACGCCCGUGAGAUGGUACGAGAAGCGGACCUGUCUCAGUGGGACGCCGUGGUCAUCAUGUCUGGAGACGGUCUGCUGUUUGAGGUCGUGAACGGGCUCAUGGAGAGGGAGGACUGGGAGAAAGCCAUUCAGACUCCUCUCGGCGUGCUGCCUGCAGGUUCGGGGAAUGCACUAGCUGCCUCAAUACACUACUACACUGGGGCACAGCCGGUAUCUGGUGAGGAGCUGCUAGUAAACUGUGGCUUCAUGUUGUGUAAAGGCUUGGUGUCGCAUCUGGACCUCACUUCAGUCUGCAUGGCAUCCAGCCAGCGCCUGUUCUCCUUCCUGUCCCUCGCUUGGGGCUUUGUGGCUGAUGUGGACAUCGAGAGCGAGAAGUACCGCUACGUCGGAGCAGCUCGUUUCACCAUGGGUACUCUAGUGCGCCUCACCUCACUGAGGGUGUACAAAGGAAAGCUAGCGUACCUUCCUGCCGAGGAAUCGCAAUCUCCUCCGAGCCCUGCUCAGUCAGUGUCCUUCACCCAUGAUUCCAACUCAUCCUCGGUUCAUUCCUCCGUUCAUUCGCACUUGUCAAGGAACUCGAAUUGUCAGAAUCACCUCUUGCACAAUUCAUGCAACUCCAACAAUGCCCACAAACCCAAAUUUAACGGUGAGCCACCAGUGACCACACAAGGCCCCCCAGAUUCCCUCCUUGUACCCUUAGACCAGCCUGUGCCAGCACACUGGACCGUGGUCAAGGAGGAGGAUUUUGUUCUGGUGAUGGCGGUGUACCAAUCCCACCUUGCUGAAGACUUGAUAGCUGCGCCUGCAUCCAGGCUCGAGGACGGAAUUAUACACCUGAUCUACGUAAAAGCAGGAAUCUCACGCCAAGCCCUCUUGCGCCUCUUCCUGGCCAUGGAGAAAGGUGCCCACUUGAGUACAAACUGCCCCUUUGUGGUGUACGUUAAAGUGCAGGCACUACGACUAGAACCCUAUUCACCUAAAGGGACUAUCACUGUCGAUGGUGAGGUAGUGGAAUACGGGCCAGUACAAGCGCAGAUCUACGGCAGACUUGCCAGGAUUAUAGCCGGAUAGAAUUGCACAUAGAAGGCCAGAAAUGUUUGGCAAAAAAAAAUCUGCUCACAGUGAAUGAAAGAUUGUAGAGUCAAUUAGCAAUAAAAGGAAAUGAUGAUUGCUAGGUCUUUAUUUAUUGUUAGUAUCGAAGUAAUGGACAGGUUCUUGCCCUGAUAGAGCUUCCUUUCUUUAAAGGAAGGCUUCACUUGAAAAUGCUAGCUUUGUGUGAGUGGACAUUAGAAGAAAUCGUAUUUUCAUAGCACUCCGUCCGCACAAGCUUUGACCCGUUGUUAGCAGCACGUCUUAACAUUUGCAGGAUUGUCUUCUAAGUGAGGUACUACAAUUUUUUUGAAAGCAAUGACUUCUAAUGUGUGACUGAUGUCUGCUGCUGUUUUCAAGGUGCUACUGAUUGUAGGGACAAAUCAUGCAAAAGAUUGAAGAGAAAUUUACUUAUUUUUAUACUGCAGUUUUGUACACGACAUAGAUGUCUCCACGUAUCCUACGUUUAUAUGAGAAGCAGUGUAUAACCGGGAGCUUAUGAGUCGGCUGGACGGGGGUUUGUGUACAAUGCUUUCAUUUGUCUUUCUUUUUAAAAUGACUUUUUUAUUUUUUAUUUCUUAGCACAUAUAGAAAUAGAAAAUUAAUUCGUUUUUAAAUUAAAGUACUGACUACAACUCAAUUAUUCAGGAAUCCAAAUAUGAUGUACCACUAAUGUGGAUCACUACGUACUUUUUAAAAAGUACUAAGAAGGUGAAAGUAAAAGAGGACAUCAUCGAUAUGUUCCAGCUGCUGCAAGUUAAUCAAUUUAAGUGCAGUUAUUAAAAGAUUCAUGAUGUUAGCUGACGUUAUCUUGUAUUUCAAUUCACGUGGUUUGGUAACAUUACUGAAAUAGCUAAUUGGCUCACUUCCAACUGGUCUCCAGUCAAAAUGAGCUCAACACAGUGCACCAGAUUUAUUGAAAUACACCUUGCUCUGUUAUUCACAUUUUUUGUUGGUACAACCUCAGGGUUGGGAUUAAGUUACAAACAUUUCCACCAGCUUAAGGAAGCUCAGUUUACUGUAUCAAUGAGCUCUGUUUGGAGGAUAUCGGUUACUCUGAGUGGUGUCCGUAAUGGAAUAUUUGCACCUCUUCUGUCAAUUAAAUCUCUUCUGUCUGGAUGGUUAUGAAUGAAGCCAGGACAAGUGAGAUUUUAGCAGGAUUUUUUUUCUUCUUUUGAACCUGUUAAUAUGAUCCCAUUAUUGAAUGAGUUAAUAUAUAGAACACUGUAAUCAUGGUAUUUUAUCCUGUGCAGAAAUAAUAUGAGGAUUUCUACCUGUUCUGGUCGUUCUAACAGUCCUUUACAGGAUCAGACUUGGAUUGAUUGUUUUAUGGACGCUCAGUGAUGACAGUAUGGGGAUGAUCCAAAAAACUACAUUUAGGAAUGACACCAUUAUCCAAUUAUCAUUUGGUAAUUUCUUGAAUAAAUGAAAAAUUUUGGCCUACAGAUAGAAAGGCUAUUUUGUAUCCUAGUUUAAAAAAAAAACAUUUUCCAAUUUGCAAUGAAUCAGAUGCAACUGAAAUUAUCAGGGCUCUAAUUUUGGGAUGGACUUUUCCAUCUCUAAAAAUUUCCACUUGGGGUAGAGGGGUAGAAAGUCAUUUCAGAACCAGACAUAAAUAAAAUCCAAGUUAUCCAAGUUCCUAAAGUGUAGCUGAUUUCAUCCGAAUAGGGCUACAGAUACUGUGCUAAUCGAAGAUACAGUGCUGUUUGUAGCUACACUACGGCUAGGUUUUCUUCUUACGAGAUCUUACUGAACAUAAUAGUCAAAUGGAUCACAUGAUAAAAACCCACCGAAACACACAAAUCCAAACUAUAAUUUACGAACCCAUACAUCUUUAUUAGUUCCAAAAGCUUCAUAGCCAAUCAGCUAGCACUUCCACUUCACACUGGUAACUGUUUAUUCUCAUGAAAAAUAAUAAAUAAAUGUUUAAUAAAGCUCAAAUCAGACAUUUAUAAAACGUUACGUAUUAGUCUGUACAAACUAUUAAUACAUUUCACAAGUGUCUAAUUUAAGUGUAACAAAUAAGACCUAACAAGACCUUAAUUAACCCUUAAACAGUAUGUGUUUCUUUUUUUUUUUUAAAUAGUGUUGCUUGGUUUAACGUUCUUCAUAGGGCAUGAGCAGCGAGCCUAAUGCAACCUCCGUCUCUUAGCGCCGGUUAAUGAUUAGCUUCAAGUCUGUCAUCACCAGGGCAGUUAAUGCUGUCCCAUAAUUAUCUCCUUUAUAAAGUCCGUUUCGACAAGGCUGGCCAAGGCUGCUAGACACGUUGUAAAGUCACUGGAGAUAAACAUGACCACACUUCUCACUGAUUCCACACAUUCUUACAAUUUUUUUUCUCAGAAAACUAGCUGGUGACGUCGUGCAGGGUGUGUCUGAAAGAGUGAUUUAGGGUACUAGUAUUGAUUUGACGGCUUUGCACUGCAGUGGUCCACUUCCAACACAACACCCAUUCCUCCCUCUCCAAAACACACACACACACACACACACAUACACAACCCCACCCUGUCUGAAGACUCAGCUGGUUUGCACUGAUUACAACCCCCAUCAUCUAAACAUCAAUCCCAACCUGCACCUUCUGUUUAUGACUGCACCAAGAUAAGAUUAUUGUAUUUAUUCCUUACUAAUAUAUAUACAUUCCUAUUUUGAAUAUGAUAAAUGGUAUGUAAUAAUGUUUAAACUAACGCUAUUAAAAGUUGUUCUUGGUGGAAUGAUGCUUGAAUCACAAUACAGCAAAUCAAAUUGGAGGUGCUGGUCGUCUGCCAGUAAAAGGGGGAGGGUGGGGUUACUGACUCGCCUAAAGCUACAUUAAAUAACCAGCACAUCCACAUUUCAUUCUACUCUAGUAAAUACUGGACUAGAAUCAGCACUGUGAGGAAAGUGUCUGCUUCAGAAGCUUUAUUUACACUUCAUUUAUUUCAUUACACAUUCAUUCUUUUGUGAUAAAACUUGCAUGUGCUAGCAGUGCAGCUACUGUAUGGUCACUCAGCCACUGAGUAUAAUCAGUGCAGAUUCCGGCAUUAAAUUAUUCAAAUGUCUGAUGUUAUAGUAAAAACACUAGCUAGACGUGACGUGUAGAAUUUACAACUUUAUUGCUGUGCACUUCGCUGUGGGAUCGACCAGAGGUCAUGACUUUGGCUAUUUCCUUUGGCUAAUUCUUUCAUAAAAUUUCGAUUUGGUUCUUCUGUAGAUUUUUGUUUUUAGCCUUUGCUGUGUUAAAAUGUUUGCGUUUUGUUUGUUUUUUAUGUGGGAAGGUGAUUACAUAAUACAGUCACAGUUGAAAGGUUUAAAGUCAGAAACAUUGUUGCUAGGCAACAGGGAAGUAAAGAACGCCAAGAGUUAUCUAGUUCAGGCAUCGUCAAAAUGGUGGACGGUGUUCCGGAUGCAUAGUUAGCGAUGUACUUCCGUGGACCAAAAUGAGUACUUGGGGGGGAAAAAAUACUGAACCAGAACGAAUAAACAUAUGAACCAAAUUGGAUGUAGGUCAGCGACUCUAAACAUGAUCCAUCAUGGAUGGACUGAUUAGCUAACUGAUGAUAUGUCAGUCCCUUCAGUAUUUCUUGAUUUUGCAACCGCAGAAAUGAACGCAAAAUCAAGCAAACUCUGUAAUAUUCAGAGGAGCUUGCAAUUUUUCUAAAUUACCGCAGAUUUGGGCCAAGACGUGUUAGGUGACGUCAUCACAACGCGCAUUCCGCCAAAGCCCUCUUCGAUUCACAUGCGUCGUACAAGAGUACAGUUUAAAGAUAUAAUUUACCAACAAACAUCACUGUGAAAGAUUGUGCAUAACAAUUUCACGCGAUUGCGAUUUCAAGUAGUUUUUCCCAAAAAUAGCACAAAAAGUUGCAUCGCAAAUUUUGAAAAAAUCCACAGUUAAAUCAAGCAUUUUUGGCCACAACAAUCACAAAAAAACUCUGCAAAAUCCUGUAAUGACUGAUGCUAUGAAACAAAACAACAAUUUCAAAUAAUCAAAUGUAUAUCUAUAAUCUAAUCAUUAAUGGUUAGACACUAAACAUAAAGUGUUGCCACCAAUCAGUCACGUUAGUCGAAUUUGUAAACAAGGACGUUUAUGUAACUGGACUUGAAAAAUCCGAGUUGAAUAAUCCUGAGCUAGCUAAUGAAUUUUCAGCUAGCUAACUGGAACAUAGCUGAUAAGUUUUAUACACAUGACAGUUUAAACAAGACAAAAGAAAGACUAAAAUCACACUGCAUUUACGCUCAUCAUCCAAACCAAACUUCCAUGGGUUCUAUCAUGAUGCUAAGCGAAAGUGUCACAAUCCUUGGAUUUGUAACACUUCGAUUCUAAAGUGGUGAAAAUGAAAGAGUGGGUCGAUUUGUAUAAAAUCAUAACUCUUAAUCAAACAUAAUGAUAUCUGUGUCGUUCUGCUCCUGGUUUGUGGUAAACUAAAGUUUUAGGAUGGUUUUAUACAGUAUCUAGAUGAUACACCGUAGCCUUGGGAUUUCACAUCCCAUCACCUUAAGCCUUACGAAGCCCAGAAUACAAAAUGGGGUCGUUUUAUGACCUCUGUUCAACAGUAGUUUGUCUAUAUGUGUCUGUGUAUGUGUAGAAAAAAAUAGACUGCACCGCCUUAAAACGGCUCAUGAGCAUUUAUCUCUACUGGUCUGUUGAUUAAAUCAUUAAUGAAUGACCAAAACAAUGAGCUAAUUUGCACUUUUUGCACUCUUGCACCUUUAAGAGAUGUACUGUAUUUGCUGUAGAGAUACAUAAUUAUUGUUUGCUUUCUGAUUUUAAUGUCAGCUAAUCUGACAUUAUUUUCUUUUAGUGAUUUUUAGUCAGUUUUCUCUUGAGAUGUCACGCAGAACUGGAGAAUUUUGACUUGGACUGCUAAGGUAGACAGUACAUGGUUUCACAAAUGGUUGUAGAAAUGAAUUUCAUUUGAAUUUCAGCUUGAAGUUAGCUAAACAUUCCAUUUAUGAAGAUAUAUAUGUAAGAGCCAGGCUUGAUCAUGAUCACUGUGACGGUUAUACUUUUUUGUCCAGCACUAGAGAGCAAUUUUAAUGGAAUGGCUUGGUGGAAAAACCAAAUUUAUACAAUUAUACACCUCAGAAAAGACUUGUUACAGGUUAGAGAUAUUUCUGAUUGACUGUAAUAAACCCACACCAGACUUGCUCAUGAUCAUGUGUUAAUCAUCAUCAAUUUACCCAGAAUUCAAUGCUGUGAUUGCUUUCAAUUUUAACUCUAUUGCUCCAAUUUUAUGUUAAAAACAAACCUAUGCAAAUGUGUGUACACAUAUCAAAAUCAGUGCUGUUGUAGUGUGUUUUUGUAAAUGUACCGCAAUGACUAUAAUUAAAGAAAUCUAUUACACUGAACAAAAUCUAAUGAAGUCUUAAUUAUUUUUUUCCCUUUUAUUUUGUAAAUCGGUUCUCUCGUAGAUUGGAGGAAAAGCAGAA